AUGAAGACCAGUUAGGCAACGUAAAUCAUGAGGAAGAGCAAUGAUCUUGAGCUAAUAAAUUUCAAUGAGCAAAACGAAGCAAUCUAUAAAAACACAGGACCCAGUGAUGACCAGGAAAACAGACCUCUUCUAAACAUUAUCAAUGAAAAUGGUGUAUUUUAUCUAAAAAGUUGUAGUAAUCCAUCAACCAAAGUCGAAAGCAAGGACUUAAAUGAGUAGAUGUACCUUGUCGAGUACGAUAUUCAGCAGGGAGACAUUUUGAAAGUAGGAAGGGUUAAAUUCGCAGUAAAGGAAAUUAGAUACAAGGAAAAGAUGGAAGUAGAUUAAACCAACUUCCUUCCAGUUGGAGAUGUCUAGUAAACUAAUCAGCCUGACUUUGAAGAGUAUGAUGAGAUUAAGAGUGCCAUUCACUAUUCACCUGAGACAGAUAGCAACACUCAAUCUGAUGAGGACACCCCUAAAUGCAGAUUUUGCUGGUCAUCUGAUGCUUCUCCUGAAAAUCCCUUAUUCGCAUCUUGCAACUGCUGUGGAUCAGUAGGAUACAUUCAUUUCUCUUGUCUUAAAAGUUGGCUUGAUGUUAAAAAACAAUGUAAAAUCAGUCAGCCAUUCUCAUCCUUCUACUGGAAAUCUUUUGAAUGCGAGAUCUGCAAGAAGGCCUAUCCCUUAGUUAUUAGAAGUGAAGGCAGAACAUAUAACCUUGUAGAAUACGAACGACCUGAUGGAGAUUUUCUAGCUUUAGAGAGUUUAAAUUAAGAAAAAAAUACGAGCAGAAUUAUUCAUAUAAUCAGACCAAAUGACAAAAAAGACUCUUUUAAAUUCGGAAGAGGCCACGAAUCAGAUCUAAGAAUAAAUGACAUCUCUGUCUCUAGAUGCCAUGCUAUUAUAAAAUUCAAGGACAACAAGUUUCAACUUGAGGAUAAUAUGUCAAAGUUUGGAACCCUUGUCCUCGUUAAAAAUAAAACUCCUCUAAUCCCUGGAUUCAAUAAAGCUGUUCAGAUCGGUAGGACUGUUAUUAACUUCAGCGUAAAAUCUGUUAGUAAAUAGCACUUCGGUCCCAGACCUUAAGACGGCCUCAUUAGAGGCAAGAUUGAGGAAGCCAAAAUCAGCAGCAAGCUGCCCAUCUCUAAUAAUAACGACAUGGACGAUGACGGUGAGAAUGGUGACUUUGGAUAAAAUGAGCCUUUUAUCUCUGAAAAUGCUCCCUAAGAAUAGCAGCCAUUUGAUAUGGCCAUCGAGUAAGAUGGAGCUAGCGGGAUCUAAGAGGAGAAUCGCAAUGAGGAGAUUCCUAACGAGAUCCCUGACAAUAGAAAAACUAAGGGAGGCUACUUUUGA